AAAUUGAAGGGUUCAAUAAAAAGAAAAAGGAAGAAGGCAUACCAAUGGGUACCGCAACCAAAAAGAGAAAAAGGAAAGGCAAAAAAGUAAACAUCUAUGGCCCCAUUGGCUCGUACCUAAAAAGAAAAAAGUUAGCCGAUCUCGGACGCCUGAACCUCCUCCAAAGGUUUCAAUUCCUCUACAGCCACAGUACCAUCUCUCUUUUACACGACCUCCACACGUAAAAAGAAAAACACUACUAAAACAUUUACAAAAACCCCCGUUCCGUUUCUAUAACCUUUUUCUAGGGCUAUUUCUGUCAUUUAAGCUCUGUAUACCAAACGUCACCUUACAGGCAACUUUUUAGCAGUUGAUCACAAACCCCAAAACCAAAGCCAGAGCCCAAACCCCUCCUAGACAAAAAAUUAAAAAAUAAAAUUCUGUCUAACAUUUGCCCUCUGUCUAUUCCAUCAUUUUCCACUCGUACCCUUCCGCUGCUUUUGUCUAGCUGAGGCUUAUCCGUAAUAUUAUCAAACAAAUAAGGGUAUUUACAUAAUUUAAAACCAUCAAGCUAUACCGCCAACUUCAGCUUCCUCUCUCCCAUCUCUUCAGUUCGCAGUUUUCCAAAAGAAAACUCACAACGAAACAGACAGUCAAUAAGAGAGAGACAAAUAGCGCGCGCACAGGAACAGAAAGCAGUUACUAGAUAUAGCUAUUAGAGAUCAUAGCAAGUGCGUGCGUGCCUGCGCGCGCGUGUUUGUUUUUCAGCAGACGAAGUAAUGCCAAUCCCACAUGCGGAGCAAAGUCGAGCCAGGGCGGCUCGAACAUCAGCGACAGCGGCGGCUCGGCCACCUGCCGCGGUAGUCAAAAGAGUUUCUCUGCGGAAGCUACUACGCGUGACGUCGAUCGCCGGUGGAAUACAAUUCGGAUGGGCUUUACAACUCUCUCUCUUAACACCGUACGUUCAAGAGCUUGGAAUUCCACACGCGUGGGCCAGUAUCAUAUGGCUAUGUGGACCAUUAUCGGGUUUGGUAGUGCAGCCUUUAGUGGGCCAUAUGAGUGAUCGUUGCACUAGUAGGUUUGGUCGCCGUCGACCGUUUAUUUUUGUCGGAGCUGGAUUGAUUUGUUGUUCGGUUUUAAUCAUCGGUCACUCCGCCGACAUCGGAUGGUUGCUUGGUGACAGAGGUGAAACUAGACCAAGAGCUAUUGCAGUUUUUAUUAUCGGGUUCUGGAUUCUUGACGUUGCUAAUAAUAUGACUCAAGGUCCUUGUAGAGCUCUUCUCGCUGAUCUUACUGGAAAGGAUCAUCGCAGGACUCGGGUGGCAAAUGCUUAUUUCUCACUAUUCAUGGCAGUUGGUAAUGUUCUUGGGUAUGCCACUGGAUCAUUCAGUAAUUGGUUCAAGGUUUUCCCAUUUACUGUUACUUCUGCAUGCAACAUUGACUGUGCCAAUCUGAAGUCUGCUUUCUAUCUUGACAUUGUUUUUAUGGUAAUUACCACAUAUAUGAGCAUCACAGCAACUAAAGAAUCGCCAAUAGGUUUGUCCGACCGAUCCCCUCUCAUUACUGAAGAAAUCUCAGAACAGUCAGGCCAUGCACAAGAGGCUUUCCUCUGGGAACUGCUUGGGACGUUUAGAUAUUUCCCAUGGCCAGUGUGGACAAUAUUGUUAGUUACUGCUUUAAAUUGGAUUGGCUGGUUUCCAUUUCUUCUCUUUGACACUGAUUGGAUGGGCCGAGAAAUCUACGGUGGCGCACCAAAUGAUGGACAUAAUUAUAAUAGUGGAGUUAGAAUGGGGGCAUUUGCUCUUAUGGUUAAUUCAGUUAUUCUUGGAUUAACAUCUGUGCUCAUGGAAAAGCUCUGCAGGAAGUGGGGAGCUGGUUUCAUGUGGGGAAUUUCAAACAUCCUUAUGGCUCUUUGCUUUCUUGCAAUGCUUAUAACCUCCUACAUCGCAAACCAUAUUGGCUACUUAGGUCAUGAUCUACCACCAAGUGGCAUUGUAAUUGCCGCAAUAAUUAUUUUUGCAGUUCUUGGUUUUCCAUUGGCGAUCACUUACAGUGUUCCAUAUGCCUUGAUUUCUUCACGCAUUGAGCCACUGGGACUAGGUCAAGGCUUAUCAAUGGGUGUUUUAAAUUUGGCUAUUGUUAUCCCACAGGUGAUUGUGUCCCUUGGAAGUGGACCGUGGGAUCAGCUAUUUGGAGGUGGAAACUCACCAGCCUUUGUAGUUGGUGCACUAGCAGCCUUUGCUGCUGGAGUCAUUGCUAUCUUGGGUAUUCCUCGGUCUGGUGCCCCGAAGCCCAGGGUGCUCCCUUGAGUGAGGAAUUGGUUGCAAUUUCAUCGGAUUUAUUGACAGCAUAGUAUUUGCACUGGCUAUGAGCAGAAGGUGCUUUCAUCUGCGAAAAUACAAGCCUGAGUUUCCUGAAAAUGUGAAACUUCAUAGAAGUUUUGAAGCUUGGGAACUUGUUAAAAGUUUCAGGGAGGCCAACUGCACAGUCAGCUGUAGUUAAAAAUAGUGAGAUUUGUCCAGAUUCUAGGCAUAGGGCUUCUGCUUGCAAUACACCCUACAUAAAUUUAGAAAAGGUGCAAUACAAGCUAUAAUUAAACAAUGGUUAAACAGAAGGGAACCUCAUAUAGCGUGAAAUAAGUGUCAUAGGCAUUGAUGAAUAAGGGGCAAGAACAUUAGUUAAGUUCUGCCAAGAAUUUCUUCCAAUGAAAAUAAGCUUUCUGCUGCCAAGAAAAAGCGAAGCCCUGGAUUUCUCAAAGACUGCUUCCUCACGAUCAAGAUAAGUUGCUGCUGAUGGGGAUCUAUUCCUCAUGAAAAAAAAAAGAUAUACCAGAAAAAAAGAGAGAGAGAGAGAAGGUAAUGUUUGAUUGCCCAUUGGUGGUCCAGGCAUGCUGCAUUGGAAUCUCGUGCAAUUUUUUUGUGCUUGAAUUUGGGGUAUGAAUGUGGUGAACUGUGCUUGGUGGCCAUCGGUAUGUGAGUUGUGCUGAUGGAAACCUUGAUGGGGACAUGUCUUUUUAUGCUUUGAUAUUUCAAAAGGCUUGAUUGAUUUUUAUGGAAAGGUUUUCUUUAUGAUUUGUAUAUAUAUAUAAAUUUGUUUUUUUUA